AUGGUACAGCAGAAGGUCCGAAAGUAUAAGAGCGGCAAGAUUGUAGUGUACGGCAACUCAGUGCCAAAGGUCAAGGGGUUAGCCGAGAAGCUCAAGUGCCAUGCGUAUCAUCACCACGCGGUUGGCAAGGCAAGCAUGUUGGGGGAGUUCAUGGGCGGCAAGCAGCGGGUGAUUGUGGCAACCAGCGCGUUGGGCAUGGGAGUGGACGUGCCCGAUAUCCGGUGCAUUGUCCACAUGGAUUGGCCGUUUAGCGUGUUGGAUUACGCGCAGGAGAGCGGGCGAGCCGGGCGAGACGGGGAGCGGAGCGAGGCGAUCAUGAUGGUGCAGGACGGCGAGCAGCGAGCGGCGGAUGACAAGCAGGGGGAGGCGGAGCAGCGGUUGGUGCGAGCAUACGUCGAAGGCAUAGACGAGGCGGCGACAUGUAGACGGGUAGUGUUGGACGGGUAUUUGGACAGGCGCGAGGCCGAGCGAGCUCGGUGCGAGGAGGGAGAGGAGAGGUGUGACGUAUGCAUGAGAGCCGACGGGGAGGAGAUGGAGGAGGAGAUGGAAGAGAUGGAGGAGGUGGAGGAGAUGGAGGAGGAGAUGGAGGAGGAUAUGGAGGAGGAUAUGGAGGAGGGCGGCAGCAGCAACGAAGAAGAGGCGGAGACAUUGGAGAGGGAGCAAGAAGAGGCGCGGCAGACGUUUAAUCAGCAGCAACGAGAACAAGGCGGCCCGCGACAGAGAUUGAUACACACAGUCCGCAACAAUCAAUUAAGUGGGUCCUAG